CCAAAACAAAAUCUCAUCUCCGAUCACAUUAGAUUUCGUAUUCCGAUUACAAAGCAUUGUCCUGGAUUCUCAAACUCGUAAAGAAGAUGGACUCGGACGAAGAAGACUUCGUAUUCUACGGAACGCCGAUAGCUCGCGAGGAUGACGUCACCACCAGCCGGAAGAAGAAGUCCGUCGCCGAAGCCUCCGGUCAGCUGCGCACUCUCGCUCCUUGGAAGCAAGAGGUUAGAGAUGAAGAAGGGAGAAGAAGAUUUCACGGAGCCUUUAGCGGAGGGUAUUCUGCUGGAUACUACAACACAGUGGGCUCGAAAGAGGGUUGGACACCACAGACCUUUGUGUCUUCCCGUAAGAACAGAGCUGAAGUCAAACAGCAGGACAUUUUGAACUUUCUGGAUGAAGAUGAAAGAGCUGAAAUGGAAGGUCAAUCUUUGGGGACAUCUUCGCAGUUUGAUACAUUUGGAUUGACAGCUGCAGAUCACGCUAGAAAACAUGCAGAAAAGGAACAGCAGAAAAGGCCAUCAGCUAUUCCUGGACCUGUUCCUGAUGAAUUGGUACUUCCAGCCACAGAUUCUAUAGGUGUAAAAUUGCUGCUGAAGAUGGGAUGGCGCCAUGGUCGUUCAAUUAAGGAUUCACAUGCUGAUGUAGCAUAUGAUGCUCGAAGGGAAGGUAGAAAAGCUUUCUUAGCAUUUUCUGCUAAUGAUGCGAAAACACAGCUGGCUGACUCCGAUCCCAUUCAUGAUAAUUCUGAAAAUUAUUCAGAGCAGCAUGCAAGUGAUGAUGUUCGAUCUUCACAAAAUACACCUGUUUAUGUACUCAACCCAAAGCAGGAUAUGCAUGGAUUAGGCUUUGAUCCUUUUAAGCAUGCUCCUGAGUUUAGGGAAAAGAAAAGGUCACGUGUAUCUGAUAAUAGGGGCCCUGGAAACAAAAGUUCUCUUUUACUGAAGAAUAGUCUAUUUGGCUUGAAGUCAGGAAAAGCUGCUCCUGGUUUUGGAAUUGGAGCACUUGAAGACUUUGAUGCUGAAGAUGAGGAUGUGUAUGGCUCUGGCUAUGACUUUGAGGAGACUUAUGUUGAAGAUAUUGAUGAGCCAACAAAAUUGAUCAUGGAUAGUAAGCAAACGUCUGUUAGAAAGGAACCAGGUGCUCUCUCUGGAUUUAGACUUGCAUCAAAUUCUGACUACCAACUUGAAAGAUUUGAUCCUCCUGUAGUUCCAAAGGAUUUUGUACCCCAACAUAAAUUUUCUGGGCCUCCUGAGACUAGCUACAAGCUUGGAGAUCCUGGGCCCCCGGAAGUCCCUCCUCCUCAGGAUAAUAAUCUGAAAGUGUUAAUUGAUGGGGUGGCAACUUUAGUAGCUCGAUGCGGCAAAUUAUUUGAGGAUCUCUCAAGAGAGAAAAAUCAAUCAAAUCCAAUGUUCAGUUUCCUUGUUGGAGGAAAUGGUCAUGAGUAUUAUGCAAGGAAGCUGUGGGAGGAGCAACAGAAGAGAGGAGAUCAAACUAAGCUGCAAUUAGAUGGUAAAUUGUCUCCAAGAACACAGAAAAUGACAGCAGAGGGUCGUGGGAAACUUUUAGGGGAAAGGCCUUUGGAGCGAAGCUCUAAAGACUCGAGUACAUCAAUUUCUUCCACUGAUGCCAUUCAUCUUCAGUACAAUCUUUCAGAUACAUUUACUGAUCCCUCAUCAUAUAGUGAAAUGCCAGUAGUCGCAAAACCCUUCAUAAAUGAUGCAGCAAAGCAAGAAAGAUUUGAGCAGUUUCUGCACGACAAGUACCAAGGAGGGCUUCGAUCUACCGAGUCCGGUAGAGCUAGUCAUAUGUCAGAAGCAGCUCGUGCUCUUGAGAGAUUAGACUUUGAAGUUGCAGCCGAGGCAAUAAAAAAAGGGAAAUGGAGUAAAGAGAUAUCCACAUCACUUACUGGAGGGAUGGAAUUUACUUCUGGGGGAUUUGUGCAAGCUAAAGAUACUCAAGCUGAAGAUGCGAUCCCAAAGGAAGUCCAUGUAAAACGAACAGAAUAUCAAUGGCGUCCCUCACCUAUCCUAUGCAAACGCUUUGAUCUGAUUGAUCCUUAUAUGGGGAAGCCACCACCAGCUCCACGAUCCAAGAGUAAAAUCGAAACUCUCAUUUUCACAUCCGAUUCUGUAAAAGCGACUAAAGAAGAAGAAACUAUAAUUGUAAAGAGAGACUCAUACCACAUUCCUCAACCUGAGCCCCAAGGAAUAAGCAAAGACGUAGCUGACGAUGAAAGUGGUGGUGAGGUAGAAGUUGAAAACGUUGAGAGGCCUGUUGACCUUUACAAGGCUAUCUUUUCUGAUGAUUCAGAUGAUGAGGAGGAUAUCUCUACUCCUAAUGAAGUUAAUCCAGAGAAGAAGGUUGAAGCAGCUAAUACAACAUUAAACCGUUUGAUUGCAGGUGACUUUUUGGAAUCUUUGGGUAAAGAACUUGGCCUAGAGGUUCCGCCCGAGUUGCCUUCCUCAACAAACAAAACCAUGAAUUCUGCUCCUCCCAAAGAGAUUGCCAAUGCCAAUUCAAGAAUUUACAAUACUUACCCAGUUGAAGAAAAACCUUCUUCCACUCUCAAUGUCCCUCACGCCAGCAGGGAGAUUGUUCAAGAUCGUACAUCCGAGAGAAAGGAAACUGUUAAUGGUAACUUGAUGGGUAGCUCAGCCGGAAGUAAUAGCAAAUACGCUGAGACUGCUUCUUUAGGCAAUCAUGUUGAUAGAAAUAGCUCGGAGAAAGGACCUUUACUGGAUAGGAAAUUCAAAACACCCUCAAGGCGGCACCGAAGUUCGAGCAGCAGCUCAUCAUCAGAAGAUGAGAGCAGUAGAAAACGCUCCAGGCGACAUCGACAUAGACAUAGACACAGCGAUUCAGAUAGUGAUUCAUCCGGUGAUCAACGAGACCGAUACCAUUCUAGGUCUAAAGGGAAAAAGAAAGGAUCCUCACGAGAAAAGAGCAGUAGUAGCAGAAGUCACUCAAAACAUAAGCGUAGAAGCAGAGACUCCCCCAGUAGAUAUGAUUAUUCCCCUGAGAAGGAACGCUCAGAAACCAAGAGAGACAAGCACAGGAGGAGGGAAUGAACAUGAGGUUUGCUUCCCACCUUUAAGCUGGAAUGCCAAAUCGCAUAGAAUUAUGGAGCAUCCUGUCCUGAAUAGACGAAGCUUCGUUUUCUUGCUCUUUUUUUGGAGGAAUUUAAAUAUGAAAUUAGAUUGUACUUAAUAGAGGUUGCAUGGUCUAUAGUUUCAGAAAUUAAAUUCUUAGACAAGUAACGAUCAUCUGCAUUGUCACGGAGCUCGAAUUAUUACUGCCGCUGAUGUAAUGUUGUCACGUAAUGUACAUGUAUAGUGUGCUGGUAAUAUUAGGCAUUUUUUCCUUUU